GGUUAGUUGCUGGGUAACCGCGUCAGGGAGGAGCCGAUUCCAUUCUGCGAGGGCGCGGGGACCCAAAACGUCGGGUGUCCCCAAAGAACCCCUGAGACUGGGAAUUGAAGUGAAAGAGAAUCCGGAUUUCCUGUGCAUGAUUGAGGGGACGGACAAACUUCUUGUCCUCUGGCAGGGGAGCGUUUUGUAGGCGCUCCAAGUGUUGAGGUGCUUCCUGCUUCUUCGAAGAUGCCCCACAAACCACCGCCUCGAAGGCAGAGCGUCAACGUGGGCAGAGGAGCCAGGAAGAGAGAUGAAGAUUCAGGGACCGAAGUAGGGGAAGGGACAGAUGAAUGGGCCCAGUCCAAAGCCACAGUUAGACCCCCUGACCAGCUGGAUUUGACUGAUGCAGAGCUAAAGGAGGAGUUCACCCGGAUUCUGACAGCCAACAACCCACAUGCACCCCAGAACAUCGUCAGGUACAGCUUCAAAGAAGGCACAUAUAAGCUAAUCGGCUUUGUGGACCAACUGGCAGUUCACUUCAGCCACGUCGGAAACCUGAUCCCCAAAGACUCGGAUGAAGGACGGCGGCAGCACUACCUCGAUGAGUUAGCAACAGGUUCUCAGGAGUCCGCCAAGGUGGUGAUUUCAGAAACAGAAAUCCUUGAGGAAGAAGAAGAGCCCAAGGAAGCUGAAGCUGGGAGUCAAACAGAUGUGCCUGCCACUGAGGCACCUGAGAAAAUGGCUGAAGAAGAAUCGAUGACGCCUAAGCAGCCCAAGGAACAAAAGCUCACCAACAAGUUCAACUUCAGUGAGAGGGCCUCACAGACCUUCAACAACCCCCUCCGGGACCGAGAAUGCCAGAUGGAGCCUCCUCCCAGGGCAAACUUUUCAGCCACAGCCAAUCAGUGGGAGAUCUAUGAUGCCUACAUAGAAGAGCUUGAGAAGCAGGAAAAGACUAAAGAGAAGGAGAAGACAAAGACCCCAGUGGCUAAAAAAAUGGGGAAGAUGGCGAUGAGGAAGAUGACAUCUAUGGAGUCCCAGAGUGAUGACAUCACCAAAGUGGCCCAAGCUGCUAAAAUCGUGGAGCGGAUGGUCAACCAGAACACAUAUGAUGAUGUUGCUCAAGAUUUUAAGUACUACGAGGAUGCUGCUGACGAAUACCGGGACCAGGAGGGUACGCUGCUGCCUCUCUGGAAGUUCCAAAAUGACAAAGCCAAGCGCCUGGCCGUCACCGCCCUCUGCUGGAAUCCAAAGUACAAUGAUCUGUUUGCAGUGGGACAUGGCUCCUAUGACUUCAUGAAGCAGAGCCGGGGCAUGCUGCUGUUCUACAGCAUGAAGAACCCCAGCUUCCCCGAAUACACCUUCAGCAGCGAGAGCGGCAUCCUGUGUCUGGACGUGCACGUGGACCAUCCCUACCUAGUGGUGGUGGGCCACUACGACGGCAACGUGGCCAUUUACAACCUCAAGAAGCCCUACUCCCAGCCCUCCUUCCGCAGCUCAGCCAAGUGUGGCAAGCACACAGACCCUGUGUGGCAGGUCAAGUGGCAGAAGGAUGACAUGGACCACAACCUUAACUUCUUCUCUGUAUCAUCUGACGGCAGGAUCGUGUCUUGGACGCUCGUGAAGAGCGAGCUGGUUCACACAGAUGUCAUCAAGCUGAAGGUGGAGGACAGCACGACCAAGGGUCUCGAGGACUUGCAGAUACACACAGUGGGCUGUGGCACUGCCUUUGACUUCCACAAAGAGAUCGACUACCUGUUCCUAGUGGGCACAGAGGAGGGGAAAAUCUACAAGUGCUCCAAAUCCUACUCCAGCCGGUUCCUCAGCACCUAUGACGCCCACAGCAUGGCAGUGGAUGCCGUGUCCUGGAACCCCUACCACACCAAGGUCUUCAUGUCCUGCAGCUCCGACUGGACCGUGAAGAUCUGGGACCACACCAUCAACACCCCGAUGUUCAUCUAUGACCUAAAUUCAGCCGUGGGCGACGUGGCCUGGGCCCCAUACUCUUCCACUGUGUUUGCAGCAGUCACCACCAAUGGGAAGACCCAUGUGUUUGACUUGUCCAUCAACAAGUACGAGGCCAUAUGCAACCAGCCUGUGGUGGCCCAAAAGAAGAACAAGCUCACCCACGUGCAGUUCAACCCCAUCCACCCCAUCAUCAUUGUGGGCGAUGAUCGUGGGCACGUCACCUGCCUCAAGCUCUCACCCAAUCUGCGCAAGAUGCCGAAGGAAAAGAAGGGCCAGGAAGUGCAGAAGGGUCCAGCUGUGGAGAUCGCAAAACUGGACAAACUGCUGAACCUGGUGAGGGAAGUGAAACCCAAGACCUGAGGGCCUGGCCCCAGGGCCUGGCCCAUGUCUUGAACCCUGUACUUGUAGCACCUGGUACAAGUGGGUGCUAAGCCUGGGUACCCUGGUACCCCAGCCCAGGCUUAGCACCCAGUAUGUGUGUGACCCCACCCCUGAUCAGGUCCCAGAACCUGCCCUUAGCACCCUGCUCCAGCCCUGGUCCCAGCACCUCACCCCAGGACUUGGCCCUCAACAACCAUUACCCCCUCCUACUUUCUGCAAAUAAACUUGGGUCUGGAA